UGCCACCCCCGUCAGCCUCCGUCCUGUCCGUCCGUCCGUCAUGGCACACCUCCUGGGCCACCCCGGCUGCAUGGCGAGCCUGGGGGCCGACCUGCGGGACCUGCAGGGAGCCAUCGCCGACGUCGCCUCCCGGGCCGGCCCCGCGCGCUUCCCCUCCUGGAAGUUCCCCGAUAAAGUGUCCUGCGAGCUGGACCUGGCGGCGCUGCUGGAGCGCUACGGCUACGCCGAGGACGACCCCGAAUUCAGCCAGCACGCCCAUGUGGUGCUGCUGGAGCUGGUGAUAGACAGGCUGCUGCUGCUGCUCCAGAGCUUCACAGGCUACGCAGAAAACCUGCUCAGCGAGCGAGCCGUGCCCCCGGCGCAGGCAGUGGGACCCUGCAUGUCCGCGGGGCUGACGGUGAGGAGGUACUGGCACAGCAUGCUGCGACUGGGGGCCUUCUACCAGCAGCUCCUGACCGAGAAAAAGGCUUGCAGGAGGGAUAUCCCCACGCUGCAAUCCACCCCCGAGGCUGGGAAAACGGAGGAGCGCUUACAGCCCGGCUUGCCAGCCGUUUCGGGGCCGAGCACAUCCCCAGGUGCUGCCCAGUGCAGCCCCCUGUGCCCGUGGCAGGCUGCCAGCAACGCCUCGGGCGGCAUCGCCCAGAGCGGCCGCAGCAUCCCCAUGCGGGCAGCGGAGCCGUCCCCAGCACCCUGCGACGCCUGUGCCAGUGCCCAGGCCAGCCUGCGCGAGGUGGGCAAAGCCAUCACCAGCGUCUGCCAGAGCCACAACAUCCCCUCGGCUCUCAGCAGGUUCCAGGAGGUGGUGGCAGAGACCACGGGGAGAAGGAUGCUCUCCGCAACCGAGGUGAAAUACUGGGCCUCGGAGCAAAGCAAGGACCUCUCCCGCAUCAGCAAACACCUCCACGCGCUGCUGGAGCUGGUCAACCCUCUGAAAUCUGAGCUGGCGGAGUCAAAGAAGCAGAGGGACGAGCUGCAGAAACAGGCCGAGGACUUAACCCGGCUGCUUCAGGUGGAGAAGGAGACCCAGGAGCAGCGGAGGAAGGAGGCUGAGCAGAGCCUGGAAGUAAAGAACAAGGAGUAUUUGGAGGCUGUCGCCAGGCUGGAGCGGGACAAGGACGACCUACGGAGAGGAGCUGCUCUGCUGGAAGAGCAAAUUUCCGCCUUAAAGGAAGCGCUGGCUGCCAAGCAGGCCGCUCUGCAGGAGCUGGAGGAGACCAAGAAGAGCUUGCUGGAGGACCUGAGGACCACGAUGGUGGCCAGGAGCCGGGUGCUGGAGCUGGAGGAAGAGGUGCGGCUGCUCACCGGCCAGAGGGAGAGCCUGGACCAGGAGCUGAGCGCGGUCACCAUGCAGCUGGAAAAGGAGAAGGCCAAGGUGGAGAGCAUGCUGAGGCACAAAGAGUCCCUGCAGGCCAAGCAGAGCGCCCUGCUGCAGCAGCUGGACAGCCUGGACCAGGAGCGCGAGGAGCUGCAAGCCAGCCUGGGAGAGGCCGAGGGGGACAGGGCCCGGCUGGCCGAGCAGCUGGAGCAGAGCCGGGAACAGAGGGAGCAGAGCGAGCACCAGCUCCGGGCGCAGCAGGAGCUGCUGGACACGCUGCAGCAGGAGAAGCUGAGCCUGGAGCAGUCCAUCUCCGAGCUGCGUGAGAAUGUUUCCAGGCUGGAGGCGCAGGCACAGGAGCUGAAGGAGCGGGAAAAGCUCCUGGUGUUCUUCCCUGAGCUCCACGUCCCCGUUGAGAUGCAGUUUGAGAGCACCGGGAACGUCACCGAGGACAUGGAGAAGCAGCUGCAGGCCAACGACAUCAGGAUCGGCGUGCUGGAGCAGGAGAAUGCGCGGCUCAGGGCCGCGCUGGCCAAGGUGAAGGCGGCUGCUCAGCAGGGCGUGCUGCAGGUGAGGCUGUGUCCAAGUCGGGGCUGGGAGCCGGCAGGAGAGGGGCACACGUGCUGGUGGGGCACCGCGUGCCCCCGGAGGUCAGCCUGGUGGUUAACAGGUGCCAGCAGGGGAAAGCUGCAUUGCCGAGGCCCCCUGGUUUGGUUUCCAGCUCCCUUACAUCAGCCCCGCCGUGGCUGUUGUGCCACUGUGUCACCAGCUGGCGGUGGCAUCCACCCAAGGCAGAGGCUGAGACACCCGACCACGGAGCUGAACACAGGAGGUUUCACCCCCUUCUCUCCUCCAGCUUGUCCCACAGCCCCAGCUGUGGACUCAGCUCAGCAACCAGCGUGGUGGGGAAGCAUCAGGGUGAGUAGGAGCCCGGACGAAGGCGCUGGGGAGCUUCCCACUUCUUCUUCCCCUCCAACCUCUUCUGCUUCUCCCCUCCGCAGGCCUCCAAGCAGCCGAGGCAGCGGGGACGGCGCAGGGGCACGCAGUGGAGCCACGAGCAGGGCCCGGCAGCGACCUCCUGGCAGCCAGCGCCCAAAGCCGCUCUGGGCAGAACCCACAGGCGAGGCCGGACCCUGCCUCUCGCUGCCAGCCCGGGGCCUGCUGCUGGCUCCCGAGCCCCGCGGGAGCGGCAGCGCUGCCGGAGGAGCGCGCCCCUUCUCCUCGCACCGCACCAGCGCCCACCGCAAAUAGAUGCUUGGGGGAAUCAGGCAGAACUGAAGCGUUAACGAGCAGCGCGCAGCUGCUCACCCUUCCCUGUAGGACUUCGUUACCUGUUGCAAACACGAAGGCACGCUCCCUUGGGAAACCUGGUCUGCCUUCCCAUCGCUCCGAGCCUGAGGAGCAGCGUCACGCGGCGGUGUAGGGAGCCCGGGGAGCGGUCCCGUGGCAGCUG